AUGGAGGACUUAGACCCGGCCGAUAUUGACCCAGAGAUGGCAGCUGUCAUGGGCUUCGGAGCCUUUGGUAGCCAGCCAAGCAAUAAGAAACGCAAAUUCAAGCAUGAUCAGGCCAUAGUUGCUCGCGCAGCGUCGCCAACAGUCAGCAGCUCCGGCUCGAACACCGUCCAGCUGGGCAUCAGAAGAGCCCGACCAAGCGGUCCUGCUGGAGCGUCUGCGGAGCAUCUGGAGGAUCGGGCGGGCGUGGGGAGCAGUGUGAACAACGACCUGGAGAGCAGUAGGUAUGCUGGGUCAGAUGAAUCGCAGAAGAACCUCGCCGGGCCCGGAAGUGAGCAAGAGCAGUCCAAACAAGACACGAGUGGCAAGAAGCUCGGUCAGCAACAGAGAGUGGCUGCGCCUCCUCCUGGACUUGCACAAUACCUAUCACGUGGCCAAGCCAUGAAGGACAUCGCCCCCGACGCUAAUGCUGAGAUGCCGGCAAACACCUCCUUAGCAGACCCCUCGGCUCCAUCUGCUAACUCUACGGGCUCGGAUUCAGCGUUUGGACCCAGGACGCUUUCUCGUGAGGAACUGGCGGCGCUGCGGCGAGGCGUGAGGAAUGCUCAGGGAGAUCUGGCCUACUUUCUCCCGAGCUUCGUCGAAGAUCCAUGGGGGAGGACAUGA